CUGAGCAAGCGAGAGACAGCCAGAGAAAGCAAGGAGCAGCAACUAAGACGGCUGAGAACUAAGUCCGCGCGUGGGAGCAGGGAUCACACCCUGGCCCCAGCAGCUGGGGCUGGUCCUACCUGGAGAGGGGGCAGCUGGCCAGGAGGUGAGGCCAAGGGGCUGGCUGGACCGGACGGUCGGUCGGGCUGGCAGGAUGCCGGGGGACGGGGCGGGGGCCGUUCCCUUGUGUGAAGGCUGAGCUCAGCAGCUCCCAGCUGGGCAUGGGAUGGCACUGUCCAGUGCUAGGUACACUCGGCUGAGGGAGCAGCUGGUGUCCCUUUGAUGCCCGGCUUCGUCCCAAGCCAUUGCCCUUUUCCUGGCUUUUCUGGGGCUGAAAAGCACAGCUAGCUUGCCAGUUCCUUCCUAACUGGGACGGGAUUUUGUUCUCAGCUCGUGGGAGCCUGUGUCUGGAGGACUUGUUUCCCUUCCCACUUCGAAGGCUGCCAGGAGCCCCUUUGGGCGACUACUGGGGUGGGGGUGGGAUCUGCUCUCCAAGGGGUUGUCUGCCCCCCAUCCCCACCCCACCAUGGCUUCUUGGAUACUGGUGUGGAUGCUGUGGGUGUGGCUGGGGAAGCUGCCCCUGCUUGAGGCGAGCAUCCACAGCUCCCCGGACAACGCGUCCCACGUCUUCCACCACUGCCCAAAGGUGUGCAUCUGUGCAUCUGACCUGCUGAGUUGUUCCAACCAAAACCUCCAUACUGUGCCUGGCCCUCUCCCUAGCAUGACCACAGUGCUGGACCUCAGCUAUAACGUUCUCCCCCACCUCCACCCCGGUUGGCUGGCCGCCUUGCCCCGCCUGCAUAGCCUUCGCCUGGCCCACAACCAACUGCGGAGUCUGACCCGGGGCACUUUCCACAACGCCAGUGGCCUCCGCCGGCUUGACCUGUCCUCCAACGGCCUCCACGUUGUGGGCCACCACGACUUGGAGGGACUCACAGGGCUGGAGGAACUGCUGCUCUACAACAACCACAUCGGCUUCGUGGACCACAGUGCCUUCCGGGGGCUGGGGAGACUCAGCCGGCUCUACCUGAGCUGCAACCGCCUCACCACGUUCUCCUUCCAUGACCUGCACGGCCUUAGCCCCAGGCAGCUGCGGGUCCUGGACCUCUCCACCAACCGGCUGGCCAGCAUCCCCGUGAAUGAGGUGGUCACCCUUCCCGCCUUCAUCAAGAACGGGCUGUACCUGCACAACAAUCCCAUCCGCUGUGGCUGUGGCCUCUACCACAUGCUGCUCCGCUGGCAACAGCGCGGCUUCAGCUCGGUCUGCGACUAUCUCGAGGAGCACGUCUGCAUCGCCUUUGACGUGCCCUCCUCUCGAGUGCGCUUUUUCACUCACAGCAAGGUCUUCGAGAACUGCUCUUCCCCAGCCCCUGGCUUAGAGCAGUCAGACGUCCACCUGGAGGUGCAAGUGGGCCAGCCGCUGCUCAUCCACUGCGAUGCAAGUGCCCCAGCCGCCCGCUACGCAUGGGUGUCCCCAAGCAACGAGCUCCUCAUGUUCCCAGGCAGCAAAGACAAGACCAUCCGGGUGAUGAGUAACGGCAGCCUGUCCAUCAAAGAGGCGCAGCUCAGCCAUACCGGUGUCUUCGUCUGCCUGGCAGCCGGCAGUCGCCUUCACCACAACCAAACGCACGAAUACAACGUCACCGUCCACCGUCCACCGCAUGAGUCGGAAUCCUUCAACACGGGCCUCACGACCCUGCUGGGCUGUGUGGUCAGCCUGAUCCUGGUCUUGCUCUAUCUCUUCCUCACGCCCUGCGCCUGCUGUUGCCGGUGCUGCCGCCCUGUGCCCCUCAUCCCACCCCAGGAGUGCAGUGCCCAAUCCUCCAUCCUUAGCUCCACCCCACCUGCUGCCGAUGGACCUGGUCGCAAAGCCAGCACCCACAAACACGUUGUCUUCCUGGAGCCAGUCAAGGAGGGCCAGAAUGGCCGGGUUAAACUGGCUGUCAGUGAGGAUUUUGACCUUAGGAAUCCUAAAAUCCUGCAGGUCAAGUCGGACUCUGAAUCCAUCAGCUCCAUGUUCUCGGACACACCCAUCAUGUCCUAGUGGUGAAAGGGCAGUCGUGGGUGUUGGGGGAGGCCCGUGGCAGUCAAGGUCCUCCAGACGGAUGGGCCAAGCCUGGCCUUGUGGGGUAGAAGAGUACCGCCUGUGUCCAGUGCUGGGUUUUCCUCUCUAGAUCAAUACCUCUGCUGCUCUAUCUGCCAGCCUUGCCUGCAUCCCACCCCCUUCUAGCCAUUAAACACAACUCAAACUUGCCAGAAACAGGGCCAUUAGUAGCAGCUGACGAUGGCCUUAAUUUCUCAUCAGGAGGGGCCCAAGGGGAGGGAGGACAGGGGAAAGAACAUGGCCUGAUGCAGGGCUCUCUCUCUGCCAAAGCAUGGUCACCCCUCAAAGUGGGGAGGGGCUGUUGGCAGGCUUCAGGGGAAAAGCCAGAACAUAAAGCUACCUGCUGUUUCCCUGAGUGCCUGGCUAGACAGUCUGGAUGGGCACAGGGAGUAAUGGUCCUGGGGGCCAUCUGAGCAGUUUGAGGGAGCCAACCUUCUCUCCAGCCAGAACUCAGCAAAUCCCCAGCCCCCAGCCCAAGCCCUCGCGUGGGUUUCUAAAAGUCUCCUAUCUAACACAUAGAACAAAUGGCCCCUACCCCCAACUCUUUCUUUCCAGAUCUCUGGGGGCUGGAGCUGAAUUUAAGAAGCUUCCCAGCUGCCCGGAUACCUCCAGGCUCCCGAGGUCAUUCCAUCCCCUUUGCAUCUACAAAACCAAGCAAAUCCCUACAGCACACCCAGGGGUGGGUCUGUACAGACUUGGUCAGAGCCCCCGCCCCCGAGGGAAAAAGCAUCUCCCAUAGAUUCAGGCACCUUGGAAGCUUCAGCAUCAUUCACCUCUCCUCCGGGAUGAGGAAAGUCUUCCUCCUAAGAACACUUUUUCUGCCUUUUGCAACCCUAAUUAAUUAAUUAGUGCUGAGGCUAACUCAUAGCACAAGAAGCAUGGGGCACAGGAAGGGAAAAGCCUUUCAGAAGGAGUGGAAACAGCUGGGAACAUUUCUGGGCUCUGACUCCCCUGGAAUUUAGGCGCCAGGAAAGGAUCGGCCCCUGGCCUGCUCCAAGUAGGGACGCAGUUGGGUGCCUUGAGGUCUUCCUCAAGGCUGAUUUUGCAUUAGACUCCCCUCCUCCCUCAAGAAACCUCCCAAAACUGGAGGGGAGGAGGGCUCAGAUGGACAGGGAGGUGGAGAAGCCCCUCCAAUCCUUCCGGCUUGGUGUGGGCCUCUGAGAAUAACCCUCCCCAAGAAGAGAAAACUUGGUCCAAGUUGCUGAAUAUUCUGGCAACUGGUUGAGAAUCCCCAAGCUAAUACUCCCAUUAAUCACCCUGCUCCAAGUCUCCAUUGCAACAGUCCUCAGUGGUUGUGUAGUUCUUUAAUAAAGGCCCCAAGGACAGUCACCCAUGCAGCCUCUUCAUUCGCCACAAAGUCAACUUGAAUUAAAAAGGCCUAUUUUUCUAAACUUCUAGUCUGAACAUCUUUUCUCCCAUCCUCCUUAGAGGGCUAGUUGAGGGCUGUAUUUUUUUUUUUUUAGUGAGGCAAUGGGGGUUAAGUGACUUGCCCAGGGUCACACAGCUAGUAAGUGUUAAGUGUCUGAGGUCAAAUUUGAACUCAGGUCCUCCUGACUCUAGGGCUGGUGCUCUAUCCACUGCGCCACCUAGCUGCUGCUCUCCUCCUGCCUGUAUUGACCUGGUUUCAAGGCCUAAGUAUCCACUGUCUGAGGCAGCAAGUCUAGGUUUGGGUAUUGGGGUCAUUUCCUUCUCCAGUUCAUUUUAUAGAUGACAAACUUAGUCACCUAGUCAGAAUUUGCCCCUGGGGUUCAGUCACAGCCCCUGAAAAGUUCACAUAUGACCCAAGUGGUCAAAUUCCUAUCUUGAGCAUUGCCGGUUCCAGGCCAAGUUUAAAGGCUGAGGCAGCUGCCUUCCUCUUCUUCCUCCCCCUACUCUUUUUCUUCCUCCUCCUCCUCCUCCUGGUUCUGUAAUCUGCCACUUUUAUUGUCCUAGGCAAACCCACUGAGUGGCCCUGGGCAACUAACUUACUUUCUCUGGACCUUAAUUUUCCCAUUUGUAAUGUGGGGAGAUUAUUCCCUGCUCUUCACAAUAAAGUAUGAGAAGUUCAGGGAGUGUUGGGAGGUGGGAAGGAGCCAGGUAAAUCCAUGAGAUUGCUACAGAUUUUCUAAGGACUGAAACCUGCCUUCUUGGGGUUAGCCAGGAGAUAUUGCUGGGCCUUCUUGUGGUCUGCUGCUAAUACUACUUGUCACCCACAUGACCUGGGACAACUCACAUUCCCUUUCUGGACUGGUUUCAGCAUUUGUAAAACGCCGGGGGACAGGGGAGAGGGGGAGAGAAAGAGGAAGGAGGGUGUGCUGGGGUUGGGGGGUGGACUUGAAGGAUCUUUCCUGUUCUGAGCACAAUAAUCUUAUGAUUGCACAUAGCCCUAGUUUGGCCUAGUUUGUGUUUUCCUCUCUGUCACUAUCACCCCCUGCUCUGGUCAGGGAGCUGGACCAACCUCUUGGCCUCCAAUGUCUCUGAGCAUGACUGAGGUAGAGCAAAACCCCUCUCCCCCAACUGGAUCUGGAGUCUGAAAAUCUGCGUUCUAAUACUAGCUUUUCUGUUUCAUUAUCUAUGUGACUAUGAGUAGCUCCUUUCCCCUUUCUGGGCUUCGGGCCAUCUAGGAAAUAAGUGGUUGGACUACAUGAUCUCUAAGGUCUC